AUGAUACAAAUACCUGAAAUAUCUAUCUCCCUAAAGAAUUAUGGAUACGAGCUUCUUGAGCCAAUAGGUGAAGGAGGCUUUUCCUCAGUCUUCAAAGUGCAGGAUAUUAGAUACAACCAGCUAUUUGUUUGCAAAAUUACUAAAAUUUCACAUGAUAAAGAUAGCUCUAUCAAUUGCAAUGCACAAGCUCAGCAGUAUGUUAAUGAAGUCGAAAACUUAAAACUUAUUUGGCAUCCAAAUGUAAUAUAA